ACCGUCGUACUUUAAUUUUCAAAAAAUGAACGGAUAAAGGAAAAUAGGAGGAGAGCAUUUAAAUUUAUCCGCUAAGAAAUAACGGAAACGAGAAAUUAGGGUUUUGUGAGGGUUUCUGAUCAGUUAAGGGAAGCGAGAGAGGAUGAAGAUUGCGGUGGAAGGGUGCAUGCAUGGCGACCUGGACAACGUGUACAGGACCCUACAGCACUUGGAGAAAUCCCAGAACACGAAAAUCGACCUUCUCCUCUGCUGCGGCGAUUUCCAAGCGGUUAGGAACGAACAGGAUUUGAAGAGCUUGAACGUCCCGCCCAAGUAUCGCUCCAUGAAUUCCUUCUGGAAGUACUAUUCCGGCGCCGAGGUUGCCCCUUACCCCACCAUCUUCAUCGGCGGCAAUCACGAAGCGUCCAAUUAUCUCUGGGAACUGUACUAUGGAGGAUGGGUUGCUCCUAAUAUCUACUUCUUGGGAGCUGCUGGGGUGGUGAGGUUUGGGAAUGUCCGAAUUGGUGGUCUCUCUGGGAUCUAUAAUGAUCGACACUAUAAAUUAGGACGUUAUGAGAGGCCUCCCUAUGAUCAGAGUACCAUUAGGUCUGUGUAUCAUGUUCGUGAGUAUGAUGUUCGCAAAUUGAUGGAACUUAAGGAGCCCAUUGAUGUUUUUCUUUCGCAUGAUUGGCCACUUAGAAUCACUGAUUAUGGGGAUUGGAAGGAGCUUGUUCGGCGCAAGCACUAUUUUAGGCAAGAGAUAGAGGAAAAAAGAUUAGGGAGUAGAGCUGCUGCUGAACUUCUAGAAAAACUGAAACCAAAUUAUUGGUUUUCGGCUCACUUACACUGCAAGUUUGCUGCUCUGGUUCAGCAUGGGGAAGGAGGUCCACUGACAAAAUUCCUUGCACUGGACAAAUGUAUUGUCGGGCGUGAUUUCUUACAGAUUGUGGAAAUUGAAUCAGAUGCAGGACCUUAUGAGAUUCGGUAUGAUGAAGAAUGGUUAGCGAUAACACGGAAGUUCAACCCUAUCUUCCCUUUGACCACCAAAGGUGCAAACUUCAGAGGUUUAAAUCUCGAGAUGGAAGAUUGUCUUGAAUGGGUUAGAAGCAGGCUUCGUGAGAAGGGGUGCAAACCAUUUGAAUUUGUCAGAACAGCUCCUUCCUAUGAUCCUUCACGGUCCAAUUUUGGUGGUGUAUUGACUGUGAAUCCCCGGAACCCUCAGACAGAAUCUUUUUUGCAGCUUCUGGAACUUCCAUAUCUUCUUGAUAGAAAUCCUGAUGCAAAGGACUUCUCACCUUAUCCUUCUCUUUCAGUUAAAAGAGGCAUUAGUGAUCAUAAUGAGGAGAUUCCCAUUGAUGAUGUGGAUGAUGAUGAUGAUGAUGUAGAACUACCAAAAGUUGAUAACGUUGAAAGUGGUUCUGUCAAGGGAUUUGCUGCUAUUGAUUGCUUAUGUUACCUCUGCUAUUGUAUCAUUAUCAAGUCCAACACUAUGCACAUUCAAUGCAUUGCCCCAGAAGUACUAAAAAUUGGUUCUAUGGAGACAAGAACAAGAACUCUUUUCCUAGCAAUCUCUUAUCUUUUUAUGUUUUCUUUCGUUUGCUUUGUUAAGGGUAGCCUCUCUUUCAACUUCUAUGCAGCUUCAUGCCCAUCGGCUGAGUUAAUCAUAAGAGACACAGUUAAUUCAUUCUCUUCUACUGAUCCUUCUAUUCCUGGAAAGCUCCUUCGCUUGGUUUUCCAUGAUUGCUUUGUGGAGGGAUGCGAUGCCUCUUUGAUGCUGCAAGGGAACAAUACAGAACAAAGUGAUCCAGGAAAUAGAUCUGUUGGAGGAUUUUCAGUGAUAGAUUCAGCAAAAAGGGUCAUUGAGAAAUUCUGCCCUGGAACUGUUUCUUGUGCGGACAUAAUAGCUAUGGCUGCUAGAGAUGCUGUUGAAAUAGCUGGUGGACCUAGAAUUAUGAUUCCUACAGGUAGGAGAGAUGGGAUGAUUUCACUUGCUUCAAAUGUCAGACCCAACAUUGUGGAUACCAGUUUUUCAAUGGAUGAGAUGGUUCAACUCUUUGCCACUAAAGGAUUAUCCUUACUUGAUCUUGUGGUCCUUUCAGGAGCUCAUACCAUAGGCACAGCACAUUGCAGCUCAUUCAGGGAUCGUUUUGAAGAAGAUUCAAGGGGAAAGCUUAUGCUGGCUGACAAAACCCUUGACAGUGACUAUGCUGAAGUGCUGAUGGAACAAUGUCCAUCUGGUGUACAACCAUCUGUAAAGGUGAACAAUGAUCCUCAAACAUCUUUGGUCUUUGACAACAUGUACUACCAAAAUCUUCUGGCUCACAAGGGCCUCUUCCAAUCAGAUUCUGUUCUCAUAAGCAAUGAUAGCACAAGGAUAUUAGUGCAGGAUUUUGCAAAUGAUCAAGACCUUUUCUUUCAAAAUUGGGCUCAGUCCUUCUUGAAGCUCACCACUGUUGGAGUCAAAUCUGGUGAUGUGGGUGAAAUUAGAAUAUCUUGUGCAUCAACUAAUGCAUAAGGGGAAAAAUUGAUGCAGCUAUUGAUUUAAUUAUAGAAAACUAAGUUGUAAA